AAGACCCCUUUUUGUUUUAUGUAGAGGGGAAGUAUCACAAGACUACUGCAAUUAGACCUGUAUAUACUUAUAAAAAAUAUUAAUGACCUUGAACCUUGUUGGUAACCUGAAUUACCAACCAUGAACCACUUUCAUUUUCCAUUCUUAAAGAUUUUCAGAAGGCACAUGAGCAGGCUGAAAGUGUGUAGGCUUUUAGUUAAUCUUAAAAUUUAAGUUUUAAAACUUAUGGAUCAGGUAUGUUUUUCAGAAGGUAAUAUGAUAAGAAUUGAAAAUGAAACUAACAAUGGUUUUAGUCUGCUUGGUCAGUUAAGCAAGCACUGUUUGUCCUACAAAUGUGACUGGGUUACACUAUUUCACUUUACUUUGAAUUACAUUUGUCUUGAACCAAUUUUCCUUAGAACUGUACAUAAUAUUUUCUGACAUCACGGAACUGGUUGUCACUGUAUUUUAUCAAAUUCAAACAAAAAGGUUUAACCUCUGUGCCCAGUCUUAGACCCAAACCUACAAUUUGAAAACCACAGUUCCAAACCAACUUUCACUUGCCCUUAACUGACACACUCAUUUUUUUAAGUUUUUAGUGCCAGUUGCACUCAUCAGUGCACAUUAACACAUUCAAUGAACUGCAGUUACACGGUAGUAUGGUAUCAGCCUAUAAGCCUACCGCGUUCGCCGCGUAGCGCACCUCAUGAAGAAAACCUCUCACGUGAAGCGACUCCGUGGGGAGCACAGAAAAACACCUUUCGUUCACACCUACAGGCUCAUUCAUUCUUCAGAUGGCUGGUCUCUUCAGGGCUCUAACAGGCAAAAGUUUCACAAACUGCAAACUUUGAUUGAAAACUACAGAACAAGCUCUUGCACGGAAAGGCCUACAGUUCCCCUCACAGACCCUCUGGAUAAAGGACAGCUGCCAUACCUUAGCUUUGGAACAGAGUAUCUUGAAAUGUAAAACAUAACACUAUGACUCAUAUAAAAUUUUGCAUAAUGAAAAUGUAUUUGUGAUGAAGACCAUCAAAACAGACAAUAAUCAUCUCACGUUUUCUAAAGGUUGCAGCAUGUCCUUUUUU